AUGAAUGCUGAAGAAAAUUCCAACACUAAAUCUGAAGCACAGGCGCCAAAUGAAGAUACUGAAUUAUUGCAGAAAAAGAAAAGGUCGUCUAGCUCAGAGAAUGGUUCACCGAAACGAAAGAAACAUAAGACCGAAAAGCAUAAAAAGAAGAAACGUGAAUCAUCAUCGGAAUCUGUAUCACCAGAUAGUGAUUCAUCUCUAAGCACAAGUUCAUCUUCUACGAAGGAGAAGAGAAAAAAACGGAAAAAGAAGAAACACAAAAGAGAAAAGAAGAAGAAAAUGAAGAGAGAGAAGGAGAAGAGGAAAAGAAAGAAGGAAAAGAAAAGAAAGAAGAGGCAAAGCAAGGACGAAGAAAUCAUUGGACCAGUUCUGCCAGAGGAUGCAGUCAAAACCUCGCCGUCUGUUGACACGAUUUCACAGACCACUUGCAGAUCUAUGGCACCAAUGACGAAAGAAGAGUGGGAAAAGAAGCAGAGCAUUGUGCGACGAGUAUUUGAUGAAGAGACUGGCAGAUACAGGCUGAUAAAAGGAGAUGGUGAAGUCUUGGAGGAGAUUGUGAGCAAGGAACGCCAUCGUGAAAUUAAUCGACAGGCAACAGUGGGUGAUGGAGCUUUCUUCCAAGCUAAACUUGCUACACUGCAGCCUAAAUAGUUAUGCAUUGUACUGUUGGAUAGCUAUUUCAUUGUAUAUAUCACAUGUUAUAAUCAUGUAAAUAAAAUGGAAAGAAACUUCCACAUGGGGGAAAAUAUAUUAAAAACAAAGAUUCCAAGCGGGAAAGCGCCGGUAGAUAGGCACAUAAAUAAAACACACAAACACACACACAGAAUUUCUAGCUUUCGCAACCGAUGGUUGCUUCUUCAGGGAAGAGGGAAGGAGAGGGAAAGACGAAAGGAUGUGGGUUUUAAGGGAGAGGAAAGACUUCCCUUAGGGGGGAAAAAAGGACAGGUGUACACUCGCACAUACACAGACACAAGCAGACGUGUGUGUGCGCGCGAGUGUACACCUGUCCUUUUUUCCCCACUAAGGGAAGUCUUUCCGCUCCCGGGAUUGGAAUGACUCUUUACCCUCUCUCUUAAAACCCACAUCCUUUCGUCUUUCCCUCUCCUUCCCUCUUUCCUGAAGAAGCAACCGUCGGUUGCGAAAGCUAGAAAUUCUGUGUGUGUGUUUGUGUGUUUUAUUUAUUGUGCCUAUCUACCAGCGCUUUCCCGCUUGGUAAGUCUUGGAAUCUUUGUUUUUAAUAUGAUAUAAUCAUUAAGAAGUAAUUUGUGAAGUACUUCUUUUCAUUCACACAUAUUGUAAUUUCAUCUCCAUUUUGAAGAUCAAUAGCAUUUACACACAUAUUACAUUUGAUAAUAAUUUGGUUACAGAUUAUCCAUUUUUUUUUAAAAAGCUCAUACCUACUAUUCCAUAAAGUAACUUUGUGGGAUUCUGUUCAAGUACAAAAAUAUGAUAAUGUUUAAAGACUGAGUUUUAUUCGCAAUACUUAACAAGUAAAUGAGUGUGAGAACGUAUGUAUAUGUUUCAGAGUUGAAUAAAUUAGUCUUCAUUGUUUUGGAAAGUUACAGUUGUUCAGAA